AUGGCCGGAUUCUUCGCAACUCCUCCAACCUUGGAGGGCAAGCUCCUCACUACCGUUCCCAAGAGCCUCUAUGCCGAGGGCACGUCGGACUGGUCUCCCGGCAACGGACCCCCUCCCCCAAUCUUCCUUGAGGGCAUCACGACCGACACGCAGGGCAACCUUUGGGUUGUGGACAUCGGGCAUGGUCGCAUCCUUCGCUUCGACUUGACAGGGGAACGGAAGGCCGCCACGCAAUUCGACUCGACAGGGGAAUGGAAGGCCGCCACACAGUUCCAGGGCAACCCGAACGGCCUUGCGAUCGCGCGCGACGGCCGCAUCAUGAUCGCAGACUACGCCGAGGGUAUCCUCGCAUACGACCCGACGUCGGGAGUCGCGCCACACCUGGCGCGCCGAAACUUGGAGCGCUUCAAGGGUCCAAACGACCUGAUUGUCGGUAGGAAUGGCGACCUCUACUUUACGGACCAGGGACAGACGGACAUGGCAGACCCGACUGGAAGGGUGUAUCGCCUAUCGGAGACUGGAAAGCUCGACAUGCUGAUCGGAAAUGGACCGAGUCCGAAUGGGCUGGUUUUGAGUCCCGAUGAGAGUAUCCUUUAUGUGGCGAUGACGCGCGACAACUCGGUCUGGCGCUGCCCCCUUCACAAGGACGGCACGACGACCAAAGUUGCCCGUUUCUUCUCAACAAACGGGAGUACGGGCCCUGACGGUCUGACGGUUGACGUUGAAGGUAACCUCUUCAUUUGCAUGCCACCUCUUGGCGCCAUAUUCGUCAUCUCACCCCUCGGCGAACCCGUUGCGCGGAUCAUCGCUCCGAAGACGGACAAGUCCGCCAUGCUCACCAACUGUAUCUUCGGGAGCCGGCCGACGGACAGGAAGCGCCUGUACUUCUGCGACUCACUGGCUGGCGCGGUCGGGUACAUCGACUGGCAUUGCGAGGGCGGAACGCCACUGCGCUCGACCAAGGAGUAA